CGUUGCGCGCGCGCGCUCGCGCUACAGUUCUGUUUCUAUGCGAGAUUUGUUUUCAAAUGGAGGAGUCUUUGAUAUUCCGAUGGGACCAGGAAUACUCAAAGUACGGCGGCUGCAGCGAUAAGCUGGGCCGAAGUGAUUCGGUGUCAUCUGCGAGGUUUGAAUCAAGUUUACGCUGCUAGGGGUAAACGGAGACCCUACAGUUUUUUUGUGAUUUAUCGGCGCAGGGUAGUUUUCCAACCGGCUUCAUUAGCUUGACGAACUAGCAUACAUGCCAACAGCUGUGGGGCGCUAAUGGAGAUGCGUUGGAAGGUGUUGCAGAGUUGUUUUAUUUAGGUUUGUUUGCACUGCUUAGUAACAUGGACUCUAGUUGUAGUUGUAGUCUGGCAGCGCUAGCUUGUCUAAGAUGAAGUCCCUGCUCAAAUAGUUAUGAGUAGUUUCAAUCAAAACCUCCGCAUUAGCUCGUCUUUCAGCGCAGACAGUAAGGGUCCGGCGGUCAGCGCUGACACCGGGAACAAGGACUGGGUUCUGGGAAGCGAUGUGUUUUCCUGCUGUCACGAGAUGAGCCUCGUGGACGACUCGAUGCAGGCGGGGAUGUCGUCGGUCCAACCGGGACUGGACGGUCACCUGCCACUAAUACGUGCCCAGAACCACGGCUCCCAGGAUGGCAUAUUUUUCGAGCUGGGCUCCCCGGAAGACUACCUGGACAGCAGCCCGUUAGAGUACAGGGACAGCGAUGGGAUCGGCGUUGGCCCGUUAUUCGAGAGGAGGAAGAGGUCUCGCUCCAACAGCUCCAGACACAGGUUUAACGAGGUGGUGACGGAGCUAGUCCCGGAGGAGGUUCGGUGGUUCUAUAAAGAAGACAAGAAAACAUGGAAGCCUUUUAUCGGACACGACUCUCUUAAAAUCGAGCUGAUGUUUCGGAAAUACUGCGAGCUGAACCCCGGUGCGAUGCGCUCCGGGGUUGGCGAUGGAGAGGAGGAGACAGGCGGUAAAUGUGUGGACAGCCCGGGGCAGAACGGCGCAGUGCCCGUGGACACUGGCACUAGCAGCGUGGACGAAGGCCGCGGCUCUCUUGACACAUCUACUGUGUCCUUUGACGGGACCGACCCGGACGGCACUGAAAUCAACGUAGAGCCUGUGUGUGUUCGGGGAGGCCUUUAUGAGGUCGACAUAAAAGAGAGAAAAUGCUACCCUGUCUACUGGAAGCAUGGUUCUGAGUCAGCAGCAGCCAUAACUCCCAAUACCAGCAUAACUCCUCCUCCCUGUCCCAGUGAAGAAGAACAAGACCAUAUUCCUGUGAUGAGAGGCCAGUGGUUCAUCGAUGGUAGCUGGCUGCCGCUGGAAGAAGAAGAGAGCGACCUCAUUGAGCAGGAGCACCUGAACCAUUUCCGAGGCCAACAUUUGCAGGACACCUUUGAGACGGAUCUGGUGGUGAAGACCGUUGACAGCAAAGAUGUUCUCUCCCACCUGCCCCCUUUCUAUCUCCCGUUUCUGUUCAAAUGGAGUGGAUAUCAGACGGGUGCUAAAACGGCAGGUCACAAGCGCAAACGCUGCCAAGCCAUCCACCAUUUGAAGCUGAGCCGGACGCACGUAGAUUGGCACAGCGUGGAAGAAGUCUACCUUUACAGCGACGCUACCACGUCAAAAAUUGCUCGCACUGUUACCCAGAAACUGGGCUUCUCCAAAGCCUCAAGCAGCGGCACACGGCUCCAUCGAGGUUAUGUGGAGGAGGCCUCCCCAGAAGACCGGCCCCCUCAGACUACCCACGUUGUCUUUGUGGUGCACGGGAUUGGCCAGAAGAUGGAUCAGGGCCGCAUCAUCAAAAACACUGGAAUGUUGAGGGAAGGCGUGAGGAAGAUGGAGGAGAAGCACUUUUCUGAGCACAACGAUGAACACGUGGAGUUUCUCCCUGUCGAAUGGCGCUCUAAACUAGCGCUGGAUGGAGAUACGGUUGACUCCAUCACACCAGACAAAGUGCGAGGGCUGCGUGACCUUCUCAACAGCAGUGCCAUGGACAUCAUGUACUACAACAGUCCUCUUUAUCGCGACGAAAUAACCAAGGGGCUCACAGAAGAGCUGAACAGACUGUACUCGCUCUUCUGCUCGCGGAACCCUGAUUUUGAAGAACGUGGUGGAAAAGUGUCCAUUGUGUCUCACUCCCUCGGCUGUGUCAUCACCUAUGACAUCAUGACAGGAUGGGAUCCCGUACGGUUCUGUCUGCAGGAGCACUGCGCAGUAGAGGAGGAGCAGGAUUUCCGUUGGAUGUCUUACGAAGAGAGGCAGCUUUUAGAGGAGCUGAGGCUCACAAAGAAUAGGUUAAGAGAGUUGGAAAAUCAACUGGUCAAACUGGAGGCCUCUAAUCCUUCAGCUCCCCCAGCUCUUAAAUUCAAGGUAGAAAACUUUUUCUGCAUGGGGUCUCCUCUGGCAGUUUUCUUGGCCCUGCGAGGGAUUCGCCCAGGCACCAGCGGCCACCAGGACCACAUCCUGCCCACCUCCAUCUGCAGCCGGCUCUUCAAUGUCUUCCAUCCAACAGACCCUGUGGCUUACAGACUGGAGCCUCUCAUCCUUAAGCAUUAUAGUAACGUUGCACCUGUCCAGAUACAUUGGUGUAGUGCCACUAACCCUUCAUCCUAUGAUGAGGUCCGGCCGACUUUCCUCAAUCCAGUUAAAGAUCCGGCUUCAGACACGGAGAGCAUUCCCAGUCCGAGUACGUCUCCUGUCUUGGCCCGUAAACAUUAUGGAGAGUCUAUCACCAGCCUGGGCAAGGCCAGUAUACUAGGUGCAGCAAGCAUAGGAAAGGGUUUAGGAGGCAUCCUCUUCUCACGGUUUUCCCGAUCAAACAGCCAACCUUCAGUGUCCUUAGGAGUUGAGGGAGGAGCGAACGCUGAGGAAGAGGAGGAGAAGCGCACCGAAAGCCAGUCGUCUUAUGGUCUUUCCACAAUAACUCGACCAACAUCUCCCACUGGUGACACUUUAUUGGAGCUGGAGAGACGCAUCGACUUCGAGCUGAGGGAGGGUCUGGUAGAGAGCCGCUAUUGGUCAGCUGUGACCUCACACACUGGCUACUGGUGCUCACAUGACAUUGCGCUCUUCUUGCUGACCUUCCUAUAUGAUAAGUCGACACCCUCCGCCUCAGCAGAACAGACUCCGGAACCAGACUGAGGCGUUUGUUCCAACACGUACGCCUGAGCAGAUGUCCUGUAACUGCUGAAGCUUUUGUCGUUUCCUGACAAAACUCAAAACAGUGACUGCUUGAUUCUCCCCUUGCAACCUGUCAAAUACAUGAACUAUCAACCUGUCCUUUGUCUUGAUUUAUGAUCCAGCUACAUUUGAGAAUCAUUGGUUUAAAAAUAAAAAGAAAACUUCAUUCCGAGAUGUAGCCAUUGAUGGUCCAGGAGACCCUACAGAAGGAAACUCUGUGCCAGUGUGAACGCUAACGGUACCAUGGAAGAAGAGGCAGUUACCCUAAAUCAUGGAGGUUCCUCCAGCAUCAAAAAAGCAAUUUUAUUUUCAUCCCAACAUCGAGUCUGUUUGGCUUAUUUGGUUGUCUACAAGUUUAAUGUUUUAUCAGCCCAUCCACUCUGCAGACACUCACUCUGGAGCCUUCUGAUGUAUUUUUGGAUUUAUAAAAGGAAUGAUUGUUACAAAAAAGGUUUUUUUCACGAAAUGUUUAGCCAAAAUGUGAAAAACCCACUGCUUACAUGGGAAUGAAAUGCCUUUUGAAAUCAGCCCAAAAAUGUUACUAAUAUACUAUUUUCACAAAAAAAAAAAAAAA